AUGCGACACUUUCCCUCCUCUCUGCAGCACAAUAAAGGAGACGCGAUCCAGCGGAGAGAAGCGGCAAGCGAACGGCGGCACGACGAGCGGCGACCGAACGGCAGAAUGAGGAGUGGCGAUUGAACAGGAGCAUAGCAAGGAGACGCGAUGUCACGGUGACAAAAACGGAUGUAGAAGUGAAACCCUACAUUUGGUCAUAAAUAGUAGUCUACAGGUGUACCAUUUUAUUUAGUCUUCACCCUUUGCAAAUCCCUAAAGCUAAACAUACCUAUACACACCCAUAGCUGAGGUGAAAAAAGUUAUGGCCUCAAAGUUGGUUUUGCAGAGAAGGCUCCUCAGGUUUUUGCAACUGUUAGCGCCUUCUUCAUCUUCUUCCACUCAUGUGGUCCCAUUCCUUUCUGUAAAAGCUUCAGAAUGCACGUCCCUCUGCAGGAAAAAUAGCCUUCUUCCUUCUCGAUCAUAUUAUUCUAGAAAUUUGUCCUCUGGCAGUUUUAAUCUUGAUGAAUCUCAAGCCCCCCUGGCUGUUGAUUACCGUUCUCUGCUGGAUGAGAGUGAAUUCCAUAGACUGGCUGAUUCCACAAUACAUAGCGUACAAGAGAAAUUAGAGGACUAUGGAGACUUAGUUGAAGUUGAUGGAUUUGACAUAGACUAUGGGAAUGAUGUUUUGACUGUAAAGCUUGGCGAUCUUGGCACCUAUGUAUUGAACAAACAAACUCCAAAUCGACAACUUUGGCUGUCUUCUCCACUGAGUGGUCCGUCAAGGUUUGAUUGGGAUCGGGAUACCAAGGCUUGGAUUUAUAGACGGAACAAAGCAAACUUGUACAAAAUCUUGGAAGUCAACGCAUAAAGAUACUUGGAACAGUCAUUAUGGAAAAAGAGGUUUCAAUGCACAUGAUGAUGUAUUAUGUGUUUAAAAUUGAUUUCCUAAAGUGGUGUGUUUGACGUUGAAUUGUUUACUCUGAUACAUAGGUUUAUGAACGACAUUCAUGAAAAACAAAUUACUUGGCACUUGUGAACACAUUAUUAAUGAAUGUGCAAAAGUCAUGCAUAUAGAAAACUCUUUUUGCACGACUAUUGUCCAUUGUUGUGGAUGUAAAUAUGAGUAGGAUACUACUUUUAGAAUUGUGUACUAGAUGGUUAGAGAGGAAGGACAGAUUUGAAGUUAGGUCUAUGUUUAUUCCAUUUACAAAGUUAAAUGUUUGCUUAGGUUUAGGAAUUAAAGUUUACGAAGAGAUGUUUAAGUUGUUUAAAGAGGAAGUUGAUUGUCAUACUAGGAGAUUGUUUGAUACAAUUGAUGUAAGUGUAGACAAUGUUUAUAAAGAACUUCAAAAGUGUAUAAAAGGGGGCAAAGUGGUAGAUGUUUGUAGGUGGACAAGUUCAUGUUGGGUUAUUUGAAUUAUUAAAUGAUUUAUCAUAUAUUGGAAAGUAUAACCAGGGUGUUAUUUAUGAGUAUUUGGUUUCUAAUUUUUGUGAUGCUAAAUUGUGUGUAAGGAAGAAACAGAAAAGACAUUGUCAUGUUGUUGGUUGUGUAUUCACAUUACAAGUAUAUUUUGGUGUUAGUUACAAAAGUUAUUGUUUUAUAAUUUAUUAUUGUUAGUUAUUUGAAAUUGAAUUUUGUAUGUAACAUAUCUGAGUAAUGGAACAUGUCUUGUUUGGUCAAAAAAAGUUGGGUAAAAGAAAAAAAUUGUUUUCUUAGAAUUCUUCCUUGGAUACAUGUUAAAGUUGGUGAAACAGAAGUUCUGAGAUAUUUGUAUCAAAUGAAUAGAUGUCUACUGACAUUGUUAAAGAAUUAUGGUAGAGUGAAGGACAAGUUCCAGAUGCAAUCUUUGUACUUGUUGUAGAAAAUAAAGCUUUGGUUAGUAUCAUUGUUGACAAAGAAGAUUCCAUUGCCAAGCUUGAGAAAGUGAUAGAAAAGCUAUAAAUGUUUUUUGCACAAAAGAGACAACAUAAGGUUUAUAAUAUGUUUACUUUAUUGUAACAAUGUCAUCUUAUAUGUUCCUUUCAACAAAUCAAGGGUUGACAAAUGUUCAAUCUCAUGUUUGCCAAAUAAUCCUAGAAAUGAAACUAUUAUUUCCAUAAUGUUGGAACUGAGGAACAUUAUGGAAAUAAUACAUUUUGGAAAUAAUAGUUUCAUCUCCAGGAUUGUUGGUUAAACAUAAAAUUUAGCAUAUGUCAACCCUGUUGAAAGGAAUAUAUAAGGUGACAUUGUUAUGAUGGAGUAAACAUAUCAUAAACCUUCCAUUGCUUCUUUUGUACAAGAAAAAUUUGUAGCUUCUCUACCACAAGCUUGGCAAUGAAAUCCUCUUGGUUAAUAAUGAUACCAACUAAAACUUUAUUUUCUACAACAAUAUCAGUCAAAGAUUGCCUUUGGAAGUUGUCUUUCACUAUACCAUUAUGAUGACCAUCAAAGGCUUUUUUAACAAUGUCAAUAGACAUCUCUUCAUUUGAUAUAAAUACCUCAGGAAUGACCUAUACAAAACAAAAUAAGCAUACAGAUCAUAUUGAAAUCAAUACAUUAGCGACAAAGGCUUUUUGAACUUCUGCUUUACCAACUUUAAUAUGUACCCAAUGAAGAAUUCUAGGAAAACAACUUUUUCUUUUAUCAACUUCUUCUGAUCAAUUAAGAUAUGUUCCAUUCCCCAUAUCUUUACACAUAAUAAAUUCAAUAUCAAAUAACUAACAGUAAUAAAUUAUAACUUUUGUAACUAACAUCAAAAUAUACUUGUAAUGCGAAUACACAAUCAACAUGUGAUAU